CAUCUCAUGCUGGCCAGAGAUGUUUCAAUCUUUUAAUCUUCUGUCAUCCCUUUUCAUGGUUCUGGUUAACGCAAUGUAUUUUGAGCCUAAAGCUACUAAGGUGAUGUUUGAGAGGAUGAAAAUGGAGAAGGAAGAAGGGAGAGGAAGACCUGACUUUCUUGCAGAGGGGAGAAGGACCACUGAGACACCAAGUGUUGCAGACCCAGCAGCUAAAAUAAGCAGGAAAGGCCCCUUGCCGGCACCGGCAGCAGCACCCAUCGGUUCAGAAGAGGAAGUGAUAAAGUCAAGAAUGGCUAGGCUGAAUGAGAGGCUGAAGAAGAUAAACACAAACUCAUCGGUGCUUAAUAUUCUCACACUGAUGGCUCUCACCUGGCAUCUUGUUUACCUUGGCCAACGCCUAACCGUAACCUGUUGAAGAGAUAGAUGAUAUAUGGA